UUCAGCCUGCCCAGGCAGGCAGGCACAAGGUGAAGACUCGCUUGCCAACCCCUCCUCCCUGCCUUUGUUCUUUCCUGCCCCGUGGACUUGGCUGAAGUGUGAAGCGAGGGAUUGCCAGUCUUUCCAUCCAGGCCCUUGGCAACUGGCACUUCACAACUCUUCCACCGAGGACACAGCCAGCAACUCCAUGGACAGGUGGUACCUGGGUGGUAACCCCAAGGGGGAUGUAGACCCGUUCUACUAUGACUAUGAAACCGUCCGCAAUGGGGGCCUGAUCUUCGCCGGCUUGGCCUUCGUCGUGGGGCUCAUCAUCAUCCUCAGCAAAAAACUUCGCUGUGGGGGCAAGAAGAAGCAUCGGUCAGUCAGUGAAGAUGAGCUAUAAUGACAGAGUCAGCUGUGCUCACUACUGCCCUGGGCCGGCUGAGGAGCCUUCCCUGAACUGCAGACCUUUGUCCCCAGCACUGCCAGGCCCUCGGGCUGAAGGAAGCAUCAGGUUUCACGUGACCCCUGGGUGGGCAUCACUGCCUUCCACCCCAUACCACCUCUGUCUGAUAAUAAAGCUGGCCUGCGAGAUGGCUCCUUCCAUGGCCUGCCUCCCUCGCUGCCUCUCUCCUAUAA